UACUAAAGGGCGGUGACUAAUAUUAGAUGGAAUAUAGAUUGCACUUGUAUUUGAUCAUAUUUAAAGUUGUUUAGGGACCAUGCCUUCCGUAAACAAAUCGUAGACGAUAUGAUAUGAACACGUUGUGUAAUAAAAUCUCGAGCCUUUAACGUCAUUGAGAUAUUGGAUAUUUUUAUAGAUACUUAAAUCAAUUACCCUGUAUGAUAAAACAUUCACCAGGUGAUAUAUUUCAAACUUAUAAGGGCGCAACAAUGCUGUGAGCUGUACAUGUACAUGUACUUUCGAUAAUGCUUUGAGCUUUGAGAUGAGAAUGCUGUGAACUGUGUAACUUAGUAAUAUUGGACAAUUAGUAAAACAAAUAAUACUCUGCUUCAGAUGGACGGCACAGAGGCGGUUACCGAAAUACCAGUGUGGUUUACUGGAACUCAGCGCUGGGUGACUGGUUUGACUAAACGAACAACGUGCGAUGACGUCAUUUAUGCGCUACUCUACAAUGACGGAAAACACGAAGACGAAAGAACAGACAAAUAUACAGUUUAUGAAAGAUGGAGAGAUGUGGAAAGACCGUUACAAGGACGAACCAAAAUUCUAAAAAUAUGGAAGGCUUGGGAUGAAGAACAGAGAAAUGUUCAACUUUCAAUGAGACACGUUGACGAAUUUGAUGAAUACGGUGAAUUCCUACACGCUAGACGGCACCGGCGGCGAUCGCGUCACAAAACACGUGAUGGACAUAGUAGUCAUCCCAAAGAAAGCACCCAUAAACACAAGUCCUCUGGUAGAUUGAAAUCAAUUGACGAUUUAGCAAAAACAGUGAUUAAACAAGAACGAAAACUACACGAUAUGGGUUAUAGAUUGGAAGGAAUAGAUAAGGAAAUAGAAUUAUACGAAACAAACGUACAUCAGACUCGAAUGCAAACCAAUGGCACGGAUUAUGUUCAAGAUGCUUAUUUAAAAGGGGGUUUGGAGGAUAGCAUGGAUGAAUUUCUUCGAAAGAUUGGCCCAGAUAGUUUAGAAAUGUAUAUCGAAUUUUGUGAACGAGUUCUUCAAUUAGAAUCCAAAAUCAAAAAGGAGAAUUCUAUAGUUCAGGAAUUAUCCUACCAAAUUAACGAAGAAGCCUCCUUCAAUCAAGCAUUUUGUGGUGACGUUAACGUUUUUGAAAAAGAAUUCUGCAACAGUGAACUCGAAACAGAACUCUCGAGUUUACAGGCCGAACUUAAUAGAAUUGUAUCUGCUAAUAUGAUGCAGAAAUAUGAGGCAGCUGAAAUUGCUCGUGAAAUAGACACGUGUGAUAAAGUAUUAUCAGAUAAACAAAAGACAAUUCAAACACUUCAAAAGGAACUGGAAAUAUUAGACCGAUUUGAAAAUGAAAACAAAGUUUCGAGUGAAGUGCAAGAUAAUAGGGCAGCCGAUUUACCUUCGAACUCUUCUGCAGACUAUGUAAACAUAGACAAUAUUUCAAUGGUGCCUAGUCAGGAUUAUGCUUUUACUUCCGGUGCAUCCGGUGUUUCGGGUCAAACAAAUGAUCCUUUUAAAAAGAGUUUCAUUGACAACGACGAUACAUUUUCGAUCGACACAGACAAUACAUCCAACGACUCCCAAUUUGGGUAUAGUAAAGAAAGUACACCUAAAAAUGGACACCGGCGGAAUUGUUUGUUUAUUCCGCAUGGAAAAAUGUUUGACGAUAGUUUAAUUAGUGAAAGAAUUAAAUCUGAGAUUUAUUCAUAUAAGUCUAGAUCCGAAUGUCACUUAAAAAAUGAUGGUUUUGUUAGUGCUACAAUGAACAAUAAUUCCCGGUCAGAUUGUUGUGCCAAAGUUGUUGACGACGAUUCAAAUUCAGAUACAGGACUUAGUUCUAUGCAUAGCGACGAUGCCACAACGCCGUACAAUUUUCUAGAAACACUAGUAUAAACAUUCUAGGCAUAGUGACGAUGUCACAACGCCGUACAUUUUUCUAGAAACACUAGUAUAAACAUUCUAGGCAUAGUGACGAUGUCACAACGCCAUACGUUUUUCUAGAAACACUAGUAUAAACAUUGACCAAGGUUUACUCAAAAGUUGAUUAAUUAUGCAGAUGUUUCUUGGGAGUUACACUCCAACUUCUAUCGUCACACACAGUGGGAAAUCUUUUUUGGAAAAGGGUGUAAUCAUGUAAUGAGAUAUUUAAAUGUG